CUCUCUCUCCCCUGCGUGCUCAUCCGCCUUUGAACGAGCGCACAUCCCUCCCAAUCGCAAAAGGAAAACAGAAUGUCACUGUCGACUGCCAUGUUUCGCACGCGCCUCGCGCACACCGCGCGCCGCCAGCUGCCCGCCCGCAGGUGGUACGCCGCGGGCGUGUCGGGGGACGUCGGCAAGGACGCCAAGGCCGGACAGCCCCUGCUCCCCGGCAUCGAUGCCUUGCAGUUGCAGGUGAACAAGACGGCGUCGCCGAAGCAGCUCCCUGCACCGGGGGCGCCGUUGCUCUUUGGUCGUACAUUUACGGACCAUAUGCUCAAGAUCCGGUGGACGGAACAGGCGGGCUGGGAAGCGCCCCAGAUUGAACCCUACGGCACGAUCAACCUGGUGCCGAGCGCGGUUGUGAUCCACUAUGCGCAGUCGGCAUUCGAGGGCAUGAAGGCGUACAAGCGCGCGGACGGGAAUGUGACCAUGUUCCGGCCUGAUAUGAAUAUGAAGCGGUUGAAUAACAGUGCCGCUCGGUUGGCUCUUCCGACGUUCGACGGCGAGCAGGUGAUCGAGCUGCUCAAGCAGCUUAUCCGGCUCGACAAGGAGUGGGUCCCUGAGGCGCCAGGCCACAGCUUGUACAUCCGCCCGACGCUCAUCGGAACGAACGGCACGCUCGGCGUGCAGCCUCCCACCGAAGCGCUCCUGUUCGUCAUCUGCUCCCCCGUCGGACCGUACUACCCGACCGGAUUCAAGCCCGUGCCGCUGUACGGCACAACCGAGUACAUCCGCGCCGCGCCGGGCGGCACAGGCGCGUACAAGCUCGCGGUAAACUACGCGCCGGGCGUGGUCGCGCAGAAGGCGGCGGCGUCCGCGGGGUACCAGCAGAACCUGUGGCUGCACGGGCCGGAGCACUACAUUACGGAGGUGGGGACGAUGAACGCGUUUAUCGUGUUCCAUGAUGCGGACGGGGGGCUGGAGCUGGUGACGCCGCCGCUGGACGGGAUGAUUCUGCCGGGUGUGACGCGCGAUUCGGUGUUGGCGCUCGCGAGGGGGCAUGCGGCAGGGGCGAGGAUCGAGGGUAUGCCGGUGGGGAAGAAGGUUAGGGUGUCGGAGAGGCCGGUGACGAUGGAGGAGGUGAGUGAGGCGUCGACGAGCGGGAGGCUGGUUGAGCUGUUUGGUACUGGUACGGCGGCGGUUAUCACACCCGUAGAGAAGAUUGGGUACCAGGGGAGCGAUGUGCUGAUCCCGACAGGUCCGGGUGGGAUGGGUCCGAUUUCAGGGCCGAUAUGGAAGCAUUUGACGGGGAUUCAGAAUGGGCUCAUUGAGCACGAGUGGAAUGUGGUUGUUUAGAGUGAUUUACACGGUUUUUUGUUACUAUAGUUUAUAUCCGCUUCCAGUGUAACCCGAGGCUUGCU